ACGUCAAAAAUAUUGUUUGCUCAUUGGAAUAUCUCCGCACGAUAAACGCACACAGUGCGGCUUCUCUUUUUCUGAAGCGACAAAAAAUUUCGUGGCAACUCCAACUUUCCUUCCAGCAACUAUGCUAAGAUUAACGGAACAUCCCACCAUAUCGCAAAUAAGAUUUUUAAUAAGCGGGACUUUAUAUAAUCAUGCAUAUUGAUUUCAUACAAAUAUAUGAGAGAAUCGAUUUUUGUUUCGAAUUUUUUUUAUUUAGGCUUUGAUCAAAUAACUUUUAAGGAUUGCUGGAAUUUUACAGAAAAUCAUGUUUCUCGUAUAAAGAAAAUAUAUUUUUUAUAGAUUAUAUUAUGUACUGAUAAAAAUAAGAAUUUACAGCAGAGAGAGAAAAAAAGCUAGCAAAGUUUACACAUUUAUUUGUACUAUUUUAUCGAUAGAGUGAAAAAUGUUAGAUAGUGAUAGUGUCUCCAUUUACCGUAAAAACAUGAUGGCAGUAAUACGACAUGAGUUAACCUUAUAUUAAAGUCAUGUGUAACGUGUAACCCUGUAAUCAUGUGUAAUAUGUAAUAUAUGUGUGCAUAAUGCGAUUAAUUCUUACUGCUCAUCAGUAAAAGUAUAUUUUGUAUUUUAAGGAUAUUAAAUAUAUACAAGCAUAAUUAUUAAUUGUUAUUGAGAAAUAGAUAAAUUGAAUUUAAAAGGAAGAUGAGUUUGUUUGUUAUAAAUAGAUAUGAUGAAAAUAGAGAGGAAGAUGAGAAUGCAACAGAUCAUUUUUCUGAAUUGUUGAAGAAAAUAGAAGAGCGUAAAAGACAAAGAGCUGCAGCAAAUAAUAAAUCCAUACUAGAUCUGGAUCAAAACAAUUUAACUGAAGAUAAGAAAAAGAAAAAAGAUAAGAAAAAGAAAACUCUGCUUAAUACGGACGAAACUAAUGAUUCAAAUAUUGACAAAAGUGAUUGCAAUGAAAAAGUCAGUGAACAAACUACAGAAACGGUCAAAACAUCGACAAAAAAGAAAAGAAAGAAGAAAGAUAUUGAGAGCGAGCAUUUUAUAGCACAAAAUGAGGAAUUAGAAGAAAAGGAUAAAAAUCCAGUAAAUGGAGAAGAAGAAAAUCCAAAUACUGCACAUACUACAAAAAAAGAAAUACCUCUGCAGAAUGAUUUUGUAGUGUUAGGUACAAAAUCUCGAAAAAAGCAACGUGAAGUUAAGAGAGUAUUGCCAGACUGGCUGGCACAUCCGGAAGUUAUAUGUGCUGAUCUGAAUAGCGGACCUAGUUUGGAAGAAUUAAAUUCAGUUUUGGAUGCUAAAUUGAUAGAAGUCUUAAGGGCUAAUGGCAUUGUUAAAUUAUUUCCGGUUCAAUCUAGCAUCAUAAAAUGGUUAUACAAGUGCAACAUGGAUAGGAAAUUAGGGCGAUGGUUGAGAUAUACUUGUGUAUCUGCUCCUACAGGCAGUGGCAAAACCCUGGCCUAUGUAUUGCCAAUUGUACAGGAAUUACAAACACGAUUGGUACCAAAGAUACGCUGUUUAAUUGUUCUACCAGUACAAGAAUUGGCUGCACAGGUUCAUAAAGUAAUGGUCACUUAUACAUCUCACACAAAUUUAAAAGUGGGCCUGCUUUCGGGUGCCUUCUCGUUUGAACAAGAGCAAAAUAGUAUAAUUAAGAAAACUGAAAGAGGAAAGUAUUUAUCUACGGUGGAUAUUAUAAUCGCGACGCCUGGCCGUUUGGUGGAUCAUAUAUUAAAGACACCCGGAUUUUCCUUCGAUUCUUUAAGAUUUCUCGUCAUCGAUGAAGCCGAUCGCGCAGCGGAAUGGAUACAGUAUUUACCUGAACCUCACUUUCGGGUUCCUAUUUUAACGCUCGGAAAUAUACAUUCCAGCAAAAUCAUACCAGCUCAAAAACUAUUAUUUAGCGCAACCUUGUCGCAAGAUCCUGAAAAAUUGAGCUGGUUAGGCUUAUUUCAGCCAAUACUAUUCACGACCGUUGUGACCGACCAAGACACAGAUGUAAAUUUGGACAAGAUUGCGGGUGAUUUCAUCGGACGUUACACGAGUCCGGGAGAACUGAGGGAACUUGCGGUGGAAUGCACCGCCGAAUACAAACCAGUUGCCCUGUAUCAGCUGUUGACGAGGCACAAUACCAUUUCCAAGACUCUCGUUUUCACGAAUUCCGGACAUACCGCGCACAGACUGGCGCUCUUGAUGCGAUCACUCUUGUCGGAACGGAAUGUCGCGGUCGGAGAAUUAUCCGCACAGCUCGCGUCGAAACAACGCGAAAGUGUCCUUGGCAAAUUCGCAAGCGCAGAGAUACAUAUAUUAAUAAGCUCAAACGCGCUGGCUAGAGGUUUGGACAUUCCGGAUGUACAACUAGUCGUAUCUUACGAUGUUCCGAAGCACAUCAAAGGCUAUAUACACAGAGCUGGUAGAACUGGGCGGGCGGGUAAACCGGGCAUUGCAGUAUCCGUGCUCACACCGAAUCAAGUCGGGAUAUUUAAGCAAAUGUUGAGUGGCGCACAUAAAAUCGUGCCUAAUAUCGAACAAAUGGAAUUGAGUACCACGGCGAACGCGCUCAACUAUCAGAAUCAUCUUGAAAAAUUGAAGGAAAUUCUUGAGAAGGAGAAAAAUGAGAGCUUGGAACGAAUGAAAGCUAUUAAACGUAGACGUGUGACGCAUGUGACUAAGCAAAAUGAAAAUAUAGAAUAAUUUUUUAUAUGAAAAAAAAAGAAAAAUAAAAAAAUGUCAUAAGUUCCUUUCCUGUGUAAGCUUCCGUAUUAUUUAUUAUUUACUUAAUAUUUACAAUUACUAUACGAAAAAAUUCGUGCAUUGAUAGAGGUAAUAUUUAUUCAAUUGUUGAUGUUAAGCUCAUUUCCAUGCUGUAUAAGGUACGUAAGAAACGUAUACAAAUAAUAGGGUAACAUCGAUAAUAACAUUUUAUUGUCUGAGGUUAAUAGUAUCGUACAUCAUGCUCAUUCCCUAUCGUAAUUCGUUCUAUGGAUAGUCGCGAUAUAUCUCGUUUCAAACUGUAUACUAAUUAUUACUCCCAUUAUUUUUUAUUCCGUCGAAGGCAAAAGGUAUUCACAGUAUUAAUUUACAAAAGAAACAGCAUCGUGUUCAUUGAAUAACGACGCAGACACAAGUUAUUUACUAUUAUUGCUGUGUAUAAUCUCAUUGCUCAGAACUGAUUGCAUAAACUUUUCUUUGUCAUACUUGGAAUAAAAUUACAGGGGAAUGCUUCAUUAGAGAGCUUCCUUCUUAAUUUUUAAAAGAAUUUCUUUAUGAAAAAUAUUAUACGUUGUCUCGAAUUUUUUUCAUAGAGAUGGCCACAGCAUAUAAUAAUAAUCGUAAACGCGAAAUUACGUAUCGAUAUUGAAUUACAAGUUAUAAGAAUGUCGCUUUUGAGUCGUGAAAUUCCAAGGAUGAAAAUCUGAAAGACUAAACGGAGUAAUAAAAAUCGGAUAUUCCUUUAAGAAUUUUUUAUACAUAGUAGUGCAAUCUAUAUACAAAGUACCGUGAAUUUAAAAAUAUCGAAAACAUUAUUCGAUAUUUGUAUGGCAUAACUUAAUCAGUUUUAUAAUUAAUUAGUAAGCAAUAUUCUCUUUAUGCGAUACAUAUUAUAUUUUACAUAUAUUUAAUAUUUAUAUUUUAUGAUACUUUUCGCACGCGUCACAUAUUAAUAUAUAUAUGACAUCUAAAUUUUGAUUUCCAACAAUUGUAUAAACAAUUGCAUGUUUUCUUAGAAAUCGCAUUAUUUUCGCAUGAUAUAUUCAAUUACACCACUCGGACUAAAGUUCGGACAUUCUCAAACUUGUAAUUCAAACUUAGACAUGUGUCGGAAUUAUUACUAUAAUUUAACAUUGCGCGGUCGCAGUCGGCGGGAUUAAAUCGCAUAGAUGGAAUAACCAUUCACUUAGAAAUUGUUAAUUUUCCGCGAAAACAAGCUUUCUUAAAUAACUUUUCAACAUGUGGAUAGAUUCCCGUUUAACCAACACACCAUUAACAUUUCGUUCGUCGGAAAUCAGAGGCGGAUUUAGGCAGUGAAAUCUAAACGGAUCGACUUUCAGUUCUCUUGUGAAGUUUUGUAUCCCUCAUCGUUUACACGAGCUAUUUGUUAUUUUAGAACGUUUAUAUAAAUUUGUAUCUUAAUAUAGAAUAGAACAAAAGACAUAAUAAUUUUAAUUAAAUUUUCAUUAAUAUAGAUAUUUUAAUGAAAAAAAUUCAAGUUUUCGAAAUAAAAUAGAGAAGUUUUUGGGUUUUAAAUUUUAAUAUUGUUAUAAGAACGAUUAAAACUAUUUUUUUGAAAUGAACUUUUGCCAUUUAAAUUGCAAAUUAAAAUAACAGAUCCAAUGAAAAAUGUUGGAAUAUCAAAUUCAAAGUGCUAAAUAUACAAUUGAGGCGAAAAGCUUGCGAUCAUUAUUUAUUUUUUUUAGGAAAAAAUAUUUAAUCAAUCAAUAUAGAGAUACUUGGUAUGUUUUUAUUCCAGAUUUCGCAUAUUUGCAGUUUUAGAUUCUCGCAACUCUACCCUGUCUCUGUACUCAUUAAAAAUUAGCAAUUAGAUUGCCAUGAUGUAUAUGGAAUAGGUAAUGAUGAUGACAGGGUCAGCAACUUUUUGUCACUUACUGGUUAUAUAUUCGACUUUUAAUUUUCGUAGAGAAUAUAUGAGGAUCUGAUAUAAAAAAGAGCAAUGGGAUCAAAAAAAAAAA